CGAAACACAACACAUGGACCCUGACAUAUCCAACACAGACUUUCCAGACUACACUGACAUGGACCCUGACGUAUCCAACACAGACUUUCCAGACUACACGGACAUGGACCAUGACAUAUCCAACACAGACUUUCCAGACAUGGACGAGACUCUCCCUGAAUGUAUCAAGCCAAGGACUGAAUUCUACUUGAAAGUUUUGAUCAUCAUCAUGGCUGUGAUAUUUGUGAUGAAUUUGGUCGUUUACACGAAAUGUUUUAGAGAUCUGAUGACAUCAUUGUACAAUUUCUUCAACAACAGAAUCAUCGCCCUGUUUGCUUCGGUUGCAAGGCCUUCCGGGGACAUCCGAUCUCCGGCUAUUCAAGAUUUCUCGUGGACGUACAAAAACAACAGCGUCGACAACAACAACAACAACAACAAAGGCCGUAUCGCAACCGUCAACAACAACAACUCACAGCCCUUAUCCUUCUGCUGUUUCGUUAGCGGCGCGCACCCGGAGUCUUCAGCAGCUCCCAAGAAGAAAAUCAAGCCAAGGAAGAAUCUGCAAACCCCUAAGACCUCAGUUAAGAAUAUCAAAGCAACGAAUGAUCUGGAUGAAGUUAUUGUAGACACUUCAAAGAAAGAUGAAAAAGUGAAUGCUGAAAAGAUAAACAACAGCAAACACGAUUUGGGAAGCCGUAACAAUGCUCUUGACGAAAAGAUUAUCAUUGUGAAGAAGAAAUUGGUAACAGUACCUGAAGACAGUGUGGUGGAUCUGCAUAACGUAGAUGAAAAGCCGGCAUUUAUCUACGCCAUCAAUCCAUCUAAUAAAUAUCAAAAGCCCACGAAGGACCAAAGAGAGGGGGGCCAGGAGAUCUUCAUAUAAAGAGUUUAGCAAGACACCGAGAAAAGCACCCAUAACGAAUUCAAAACCAUUUUAGUCUUUGUAUCUUAACGCAAAAGGUUGGGGUGGCUCUUAAUGUCUAUAAUAUCAUUUUUAUAUAAAUUU